AUGCUGUCAAAGAUAUCUUAGCGAGCCUUCGCAUCAAGGCAAGUAUGUCAGACUGGACUUAACUCACGUUUCGCAGUCGUUUUAGGCACUUAAUGGGGUGAUGAGGGCAAAGGUAAGCUCGUCGACAUCUUAGCUAAAGACUACGAUAUCUGUGCUAGAUUCAAUGGUGGAGCUAAUGCUGGUCACACAGUAGUAGCUGAUGGACAAAAGUAUGCCUUCCAUCUUUUACCCUGUGGUAUUCUCUACUAAAAAUGUAUUAAUGUACUCGGUAAUGGAGUUGUUAUGCACGUACCCACUCUCUUUGAGGAGCUUGCUCAACUAGACAAGAACGGCAUUGACUACAAAGGCAGAUUGUUGAUCAGCGAUAGAGCUCAUUUAGUGAGUGAUAUUUAGAUCCAUGCAGAUGGUCUCUUGGAACAACAAAAGGGAAAGAGUGCCAUUGGCACCACCAAGAGAGGUAUUGGUCCAACCUAUGCCAGCAAGGCACUUAGAAUUGGAUUGAGAGUUGGAGAUCUCCUAGACUGGCAAAGAUUCGAAGAGAAAUACAACACAUUCGUCAAUGAACUCUCAUACCUCUAUAGAAUUGACAACUUCGAUAAGAAGAAAGAGCUCGAUGAACUUAGAUAACUAAACGAGAGAAUAACAAAAGGAAAUAUGAUUGUUGACUCUAUCUAGUAUCUAAGCAGAGCAUUGAAUGAUAGCAAAAAGAGAAUAAUUGCAGAGGGAGCGAAUGCUACAAUGCUUGAUAUUGACUUUGGCACUUAUCCAUAUAUAACUUCAUCAUCCACAACAGUGGGAGGAGUUUGUACUGGACUUGGAGUCCCACCCUCAGCAAUAGAGACUACCAUAGGUAUCAUGAAGGCUUACACUACUAGAGUUGGUGGCGGUCCAUUCCCAUCAGAAUGCUUAGAUGAUAUCGGUGCAAGACUAUAAAAAGUUGGACACGAAUUCGGCGCAACUACUGGCAGACCAAGAAGAUGCGGAUGGCUAGAUCUUAAUGUUGUUAAGUUCUCUCACAAGCUUAACGGUCUAACCUCUAUAAACAUGACUAAGCUCGAUGUACUAACCGGUAUCAACAAGAUCAAGGUAGCCACUCACUACGAACUCAACGGCAGAAAGCUAGACGGAGAAAUGCCCGCUUCACUUGACGACCUUGGCAAGUGCCAAGUCAAGUAUGUUGAAUUAGAUGGCUGGGAAGAAGACAUUAGCAACAUUACUCAAUUUGAGAAACUCCCAGGAGCAGCCCAAAACUACAUCAAGUUCAUCGAAAAGGAGCUAAGCAUUCCAAUUACAUGGGUUGGUACAGGCCCUGCCAGAGAAGCUAUGUUCCUCAGACAAUGA